AUGGUGCCGCCGCGCUGCCGCCCGCUGCUGCCGCCCCACGCACCCGAUGAAUACUUAUCCUGGUAUGUGCUCGGUGACCCCUGCCUCAGCGUCCCCCGCUGCAAGCCAGACUGGUGUUACCUCUUGUAUGACGUAAACCCUCCCGAAGGCUUCAACCUUCGUCGAGACGUCUAUGUUCGCAUUGCCUCACUGGUGAAGACCUUGCUGAAAAGUGAAAAUUGGGUGUUAGUGCUGCCUCCCUGGGGACGGCUAUACCACUGGCAGAGUCCUGACAUUCUGCAGGUCCAAAUCCCUUGGUCUGCCUUUUUCGAUCUCACAAGCCUCAAUAAAAACAUCCCUGUCAUUGAAUAUGAGCAGUUCAUUGCAGAGUCAGGUGGGCCCUUUAUUGAGCAGGUGUAUGUCCUGCAAGGCUACGCAGAAGGAUGGAAAGAAGGAACGUGGGAGGAGAAAAUCGAUGAAAGGCCCUGCAUUGACCAGCUUAUGUAUUCCAAAGACAAGCAUGAAUACUACAGGGGAUGGUUCUGGGGUUAUGAGGAAACACGGGGCCUGAACCUCUCCUGCCUGUCUGUCCAGGGAUCUGCCUCUAUUGUGGCUCCCAUCCUUUUGAAGAACACUUCAGCCCAGUCAGUGAUGUUAGACAGAGCUGAAAACCUUCUUCAUGACCACUACGGAGGGAAAGAUUAUUGGAAUACCCGUCGGAGUAUGGUGUUUGCUAAACACCUGCGUGUGGUGGGAGAUGAGUUCAGAAACAAAUACCUUCAGUCCACAGAUGACACAGACAGGACUCAUUACAAUGAGGACUGGACACAGAUGAAGGUUAAGAUAGGCACAGCUGUAGGUGGUCCAUACCUGGGAGUUCAUCUGAGAAGGAAAGACUUCAUCUGGGGUCACAGAGAAGAUGUGCCUACCCUGCAAGGAGCAGUGAAGAAAAUCCGCAGCCUCUUGGACACACAUAAACUUGAAAAAGUUUUCCUGGCCACUGAUGCUGUUGAGGAGGAGGUUGAAUUGCUCAAGAAACUGCUGCCUGAGAUGGUGAGGUUUGAACCCACUUGGGAGGAGUUGGAACUCUACAAAGAUGGAGGGUUGGCUGUGAUUGACCAGUGGAUCUGUGCUCAUGCAAGGUAUUUUAUAGGCACCUCCGUUUCAACAUUUUCCUUUCGGAUCCAUGAGGAAAGGGAGAUCUUAGGCUUUGAUCCAAAAACAACUUACAACCGAUUUUGUGGUGAGAAAGAAAAAAACUGUGAGCAGCCAACUCACUGGAAAAUUGUAUACUAAUAUGCAAAGGAAUCCAAGGAUUUCAGUACUGGUGAGUGCAAAGAAUAAAGAAAGACUGCAGGGAAAUAUAUCCCUUUAAUGAAACUACAACUCUCCCCUUUUCUUGGUGUUUUUCUGACAUUUGAGUUUUGAAGCACAAGCAAUAUUCAUCUUCUUAGCCAAGUACUGAUGGAACCAAAGAAAAUGAAGUCACCCUAGGAUUCACUUGUUGGCAUAACUAGGAUUAGAG